AUGUUAAAUUCCAAUCUGAUGGACACUCUCAAGAAAGAAAACAUAGACGUUGCGAUAGUGUACGCUGGAAACCCGUGCCAGCUGGCUAUCACCCGCGUCUUGGCCAUUCCGGUUAUCUAUUUUGAUUUGGAAGGUCUAUCUGAUGAAACACUGGUUGCAUCUAAUUCGCCGCUUAAUUUGGACAUCCCUCCCUCAAGAUGUUUUCUUCCGGAGUUAUCUCAUCAUGCUCUCGGCCGAUUUCGGAAUGGCCUGUGUUAUAUGAGAGAAUACCUAGUACAAAGUGGGAUAUCCUCGCUGGCAAAGUUGGUUUCAAGGAAAUACCGGCAAUUGGAUGACCCCAUUACGUCGAUGUUUGCCGAGGACUAUUAUCUUAAGAAGAAAUUUCCGUCUUUUCCGGAUAGUAGCGAACUUCUGCGGUCCAGUUCGCUCUUCUUCGCCAAUACUGAUCCCCUUUUGGAAUUCCCGCGAGCCUUAUCUCCACUGGUGAUUCCCGUUGGAGGACUGCAUGUUGAUCAGCCUAAGCCCUUAUUUGCGGUUGGUUGUUGUGAUUGCCACAUGCAUUCAAUGUAG